AUCUGAACACCAGGUUGAAAGGAGAGGCACUUUUAGCUCGAAGACAUGCUGGAUCAGGUAGUGCUCAUUGCAGGAGUAACGGUGUUGGGCGUGUUAGAGCAAGCUUACUUCUCUCUACAGGUGAUUUACGCCAGACGCAAGUACUCUGUCUCUCCACCCAGCACCUCAGGGCCUCCAGAGUUUGAGAGAGUCUUCAGAGCUCAAGCCAACUGCUCUGAAUAUUUCCCUAUCUUCAUCAUCAUCCUAUGGGUGUCUGGACUCUUCUUCAGCCAAGGUCUGUCAGCACUAUGUGGACUCCUAUACCUGUACGGGCGCUACCAGUACUUCAGGGGUUAUGCUAAAUCGGCACAUGGACGACUAGCCCCUCUGUAUUUCAGUGCCAAGGUUCUGUGGGUUCUGAUCGGGUUCUCCGUCCUGGGGAUUCUGGGUUCUAUGUGUCGGUUCUACCUGGAUCUGGACCUGAAGCAGCUCGCCAGCUCUGUCCUCGACCUGACUGAGGAAGAGGGUGGGGGACUAUAAGGGAUGAGCAGGAGGAGAAGAGCUUAAAGGAGAGAUGAUGGGAUACACUAACAACUGUAGACAAGCUACCUUCAUUGCCAAAUCAAGACAACUAAAUGGAAUGGUUGAUUGAAGUAGGGAAAGAUGUGUUCCAACCUUGAGCUGCAGGUUUGAAAUAAUAGAAGUGUCCGGUCUCGGCCUAUCGUAGGCUGUUUUACGAACUGCUUGUGUGCCAUUUAGAUUGAGGUUACAGUCCCCCUAAACCAAGGCAUGUUUCAGACUGAAAUAUGGAACAAAAACAUUUUUUUGAUGAAAACAAACAGGGUAGGCCUAUCCAUUAAUUAGUAAAGUUAGUUUCGUCUUUUCCAAAAACCUGCAUUCCAAGUGAUAGCUCAUAUCAAACACAUCCAAAAGAAAACACCUGCCAAAUGUGGGUAUCUAAUGGUUAAGAAGGGUAACAUUUAAGCUUUCUAAUGCUGUUAACUGUAUGUCUCAUCUCAUACUAUUAAGCGGAUUACUCCUACUAUUAAGCGAACAGUGAUAUUGAUUUGAAAGAAGCACCUGUUUGGGUAGCGUGAGUCGCAGCUCAAAUUGCGCUUGUCAUCCUUCAUUUAGCAAACCACCUUGCAACUCCAGUAGGCCUAAGUGUUUUUCAAUUUAGACAGAAUAUAGGCCUAAGCAUUUUAUUUAGUUGUCCAGUGUGCUGUCUGACUAGUGUGCUAGCUAGCCCGUGUGUUUAGUGGCAUUAAUUUGCCAGAAGAAAAAGGCUUGUGGAAAACGCAACUCCCUUGCUAUCAUUAUUGCCAAAUAAUAAAAUGUAAUCUUACUUCACUUGUCUACUAUUAGGCUACUGUAGAAGGUUAAAAGUAUAUAAAUGAUCCACAUGUCCUUGUAAAAUUAGCAUGCAAUUUUUUUAACUGAAAAAAAGUGGUUAGACUGUCGUAUGUGUGCUGAUGCAUCCAAACAAUGUUAAAGCCCCAUGCUUAUUGUAUUUUGAAAUCGCUAUGUCUGAAUCUGUUUUUUUAUUUAUUUCCCAGGGCCUCCUUUUGCCAUUGAAAUGUUCAGUCUGAUAUUGUGGGUGUGUUGAUAAAAAUGUAAAGAUAUUUACAUACUCAGCCCUUAUUGGUGGCUCGAAUCAUCUAGACCAGGGAUGGGCAACUGGUGCCCCAGCCCUCCCUUUGUAGGCCCACGGACCAAUUUCCAAAGACCAAAGAAAAGAUUGUUGCGAUCUAAACUUGCAGUAAUCAUGGUUGAAUUACCAAACAUUUCUCUCCACUCUAUUGCAAAAUAUGGAGAUUUUCAGCAAACUUGCUUUAAAACUGCAAAUUUUGCUUAGGGCCUCAAAGGCUAGGGCCUGCUCUGACUGCAUGUCUGGGUAUGCAGACCCACGAGCCACUAUGGCCUCCCUUGAUGAGUUCAGAUUUUUUGUGGCCCUCACCCCCAUUGAAGUUGCCCAUCCCUGGUCUAGACUUUCUCUAUCCUACCCCACGUACCCAUUCAAAGUAGGAGGAUACACAUGCAAAUAAAAGAUGACUGGUCAUUGGUCAGAAUAAUUCAAUUCUGAUGUCAUUAUCUGGAUCUAAAAUGCCAUCUCACCUAAAGAAAUAUACUAUACAUUUUAACGAUUAAAUGGGCCAAAUUCUGUGCAUGUUAACUGACCAUUUUAUUUUGGGUAAGGUAAACAUGACCUGUUUUUGGCCAAUGGGCAAGUGCCUUUGAGAGCUGGAAGGCCCAAUGCAGCUGUUUCUAUAUCAAUAUCAAAAAUAUCUGCGUAACACAUGAGUACCUUACAGUAAUUUUAAUUUGACCUUUAUUUUCCUAGGCAAGUCAGUUAAGAACAAAUUCUUAUUUUCAAUGGCGGCCUUGGAACAGUGGGUUAACUGCCUGUUCAGGGGCAGAACGACAGAAUUGUACCUUGUCAGCUUGGGGAUUCGAACUUGCAACCUUUACUAGUCCAACGCUCUAACCACUAGGCUACCCUGCCGCCCCAUAUAAUGCAAUAGUUUUUCAUUAAAAUUGACCAAAAUAGCUUUUUAGCUAAACUGUAUUUUUCUAGCAAGAAUUUUGCUACGAGUAACUUGGAGUGGUCUUAGUGGGGAGGAGAAUUUAAUGUCGCUAUUAUUAGCAGUGAGGUUAGGAACGCUGUUUUUGGUCUAUUAACCAACUAUUUGCCUGGUGAUGUCAAGCCCAAGCUAAAGCCUGUUCAAACAGGCUGAUUAGAAGGUCCUGUGUAGAUAGUUGCUUGUUGAAAAUACAAUCAGGAAAUAACACUGAUUCAUUUUUUCACAAGUUUAAUCAGCUUUUGAACAAUAUGAUAUAAAACACAGGGAAAACAGAUUUUUGAUUGCACUGGGCCUUUAAUGACAUCACAAGUAUAUUGUGUGAAAUGGUUUUUGGAAUCCCCUGUUUUCCAUUGGUGAUUUAGUUUAUGUUGUAUGGCCCAGUGAUCUGUGCUGGAUCUUAGUGUUAAACCUCAAGAAAAAAAAAAAUCAUUUGGAUUACUGUUGAUAAUUGAUAUCUGCGCAUCUGUAAAUUUUUAUUUGAAUGUAAUCUUUGGUGAGAUGUUCAUUUGCACUCAUUUACUUUGUAUUGAAAUUGUGUCUUCAUAAAUAAAGCAGCUAACUUUGUGAAUGUUAAA